AUGGCGUCUAACAAAGAGAAUAGUGAGCGGGAAGAUUUGUAUUUGGAUUUUGAUAAGUUGAACGUUAACGAAUUAAAGUCGUAUCUGCGGGAUCAUGGGCAGUAUGUGUCAGGAGUAAAAUCAGAGUUGAUUAAACGUGCAAAAGGUACAGAUAUUUUCCGUCAAAGGCCGUUGAGCGAGUUGGUUUUGGAGGAUAGGAAUUUUGAAGAACGGAGGAACUUGGAACGAUUUGUUACACCAUUAGGAGAAACUUUACCACACCCAUCGUCCCUGAAACAAGGUUGGAUUGACGAUUGUGAGCAAAUACCAGAUUUUACAAACACUGAACUAUAUAAUUAUCUUGUGCUCAGUCAAGGUCGUACAGUUGACAAGGAAAAGAACAAUGCCAAAAGACAACUUAAAGCCAAAGUGUUCUACGAGGAUCGUCAUGUACAUUCAGUACAAUACCAUAAUAUUGCUGCUAAAAUUACCCACUGUUAUGUUCGUGCUAAAGUAAUUCCAUCCAUGCCAACAUUAAAUGAAAAGAAGAAGCCAGAUUAUUUAGUUUGGAUUAGUAUGUCGAAAGUAACUGGACAUGUCCAUGGUGCUGGGCGUGAAUGUAGUGCUGGAUAUUUACAACUACCAGAAAUCCACAGCAUAACUUUUAAUUAUGCCGAUAGUAUAAAACUAGACAGUGAGAAAUGUACCGACUUUUUUCAAACCUAUCGUGAGAAUCAGUAUUUGUGUGACGAUGAUUGUGAAAAAACUGAAAGACUUACCCGUGGACAAAGUAAGAACAAGCUAUGGAAGAAAGCCCGUGUUGGUCGUGUGACAUCAUCUAAUUUUGAGGCAAUUUGUAAAUAUAAAAACACUGAACCAGAAAGCCUUAUAAAAACAGUCAUGGCAUACAAUAAUUUUACUAAUGCUAGUGUAAGAUGGGGACGUGAUCAUGAACCAGCUGCUAGAAGGAAGUAUGUGCUAGUUAAAAAGGCCGCUGGUAAUACCAUAUCUGUUACUGAUACUGGACUAUACGUUCAAAAAAACCUUCCCUUUCUUGGUUCUAGUCCAGAUGGGUUAGUUGAUGAUAAUGGCAAUAUUGGAGUUUUAGAAGUGAAGUGUCCAUUUAAAUGGAGAUUCUCGAAAAUAGUUGAUGCCUGCACAGAUUCUCAAUUCUGUUGUGAAAUGAACAAAGACAAAGUUAUUCUGAAACGUAGUCAUAAUUACUACUAUCAGGUACAGGCCCAGAUGGCUCUCACAAACUCAUUGUGGUGCGACUUUGUUGUUUGGACAUUAUGCGAUAUAAGUAUUGAAAGAAUUGCCUUCAACAAACAAUUUUGGCAAGAAUGUCUAGUGAAAGUCAUCAACUUUUAUCAAAAAUUUGUUCUCCCAGAACUUUUCUCAUGUCGUGUGCAAAGAGGAAAGCGUUUAUAUGAUUAA